AUGCCUGGCUUCAUUUCCCCUUAUCGUGGUGUACGUUACCAUUUAAAUGAGCACAUGGGUACGCCAAUAAAUAACAGAAGUGAGUUAUUCAAUUUAAGGCAAUCAUCACUAAGGUCUAAAAUUGAAUCAACCUUUGGAUUAUUGAAGAAUCGUUUCAAAAUCCUCACUGUAAAGCCACAUUAUCCUUUUCCAACCCAAGUUGAUAUAGCUUUGACUUGUACUAUACUUCAUAACUAUAUUGCUAUAGUCGAUCCUGACGAUGACUUAUUGAAUGAGGACAUUACUAUUGAUGAUGAUGAUGGAGAAAUAGCUAAUGAGGGUGAAGAUGACAAUGUUGUCGACUUUACUCAAAAUAUUUGA